AUGGCCUCUGAACCGGUGCAUCCCCUCCGCAUCGCCAAACAGACGACGCCCAACUCGUCGCCCGCAAAGAUGACGAGCGGCCAGCCCCGCCCUCUCUCGGAAAUCUCCCCGACGGAGAUGAGGCGCAACUCGCCCAGCUGGCGCCAGUACCAGUCGUCAAAGAAGGCGGCUGUCCACGGCAACGACUCGUCCCCAUUCCAGUCGUCGCCUCUCGACUCGGCCCCCUCUCCCCGUCUCUUCUGGCAGAACCGCAGCAGCGCAGAGAACAUGCACCCUGCGGGCGGCCUUGCAUCGUCGCCCACGCGCCGUUCCUCCAUCGAGCGCCUCCAGCGAGCUUCCCGCGUCAGGAACAGCAACAUCUUGGCCCUGGAGCAGAAGCAGGAAUAUGAUCCCACCCGGCUUCCGCAAAUCGAGAGACCCCUCGCCAAGGUCCAAGGAAUUGUCUUCACCUCUCCCUCCAGCUCGGGCGGCCUUCGCUCUUCCGAGUCGGAGGAGCAAGCCCUCGAGAGCAAGUCGAGCCUCUCAACAAUGAGCCCCUCCAAGAGCUCUCCCACCCUCUCGCCCAGUGCCCAGAUCGUGCCCGGGGCGCCUAGCCGAGGCCAGCCUUCUCCCACAAAGUCGUCGCUGUCCCCUACCAAGCUGAACAAGGGCACCUUUGAUCCCGAGUCGGGCACCUGGUCCGGUCACUCGUCCUUUCACGAACACGAGCUUCCCGACGGCCGAUUCCUCCAUCGCCACCCAAAAAGCGUCACCUUUGACGCCGCCCCCCCCCAGAUCAACGAAUAUGAAAUGGCCACCCCAGACCUCUCGUCGAUUGGCACGAACUCGCGCGAAGGAAGCUUCGAGUCUGCCGACGACGAGGACGACGAGGACGUCCUCUACGACCCCGCCCACGUCGACGUCCAGGACGAAAGCUUCGACGAGUCCCUCGAGGACACGGACAAGACGCCCGUCGUCGGCCCGGACGACUGGAGAGGCGACAGCCCCAUGGUCCCUCCCAGUGCCGUCUGCGGGCAGUAUGAGAGCAGCCCGGUACCCGAGAGCAUGCCAUCCCAAGCCCGCGGCCGCCCAUCCCAUAAGCGCACCGAUUCUUCAAACUCCAACGGAGACCAUCGCCCGCUUCCGCCCCUGCCCGCCCUUGGCCAUGCUAGGAGCCAGUCAGCUGGCUCCGCGCCCGCCUCGCCCGGGCUGUCAGCUACCGCCGAGAGGAUGCUCGGCGGCGGCGCCCAUCGGAGCCUGCCCGUCCCCCCUCCGGCCUCGGCCAGCAAGUCGGACAUUCAGAGCUUCGGCAACGGCAGAAUGACACUCGAAGAGCGCCUCAAGCUCAUGAUGCUGUCCGACGAUGGCAACGCCAAGUCUGUCGCGGAGCAGCAGCGCGAGCGCCGACUUAGAAGGGGCGCUGGCCGUGACCGCGGAGACACUCCCCAGUCCGAGUCCGAGUCGGUGCCUGGUCACGAGGCCGAGGACCACGACGGCGUUGCCGGCGACCACUCGAUUCUGGACGAUUACCAGAUGCCGCCGCGCAUCUCUCGCGAAUCAAUCAUGCGCAGAGUCAAUGGCAACAAAGCGUUUGAACAUGACACCGAAUAUCACUUCUCCUCUCCUGCCGGCACUCCCGCAUCCCAGCGCGGCUCCGCCGAGAGAACCUCGCAGGCGCACGAGGCUCUGGACCCCGAUGUCCCCAUUCCCACCACCGAAGACCCCGCGAUUCACGAGGCGUACCUGGAAGAUGACGAGGGUAGCGUAAUCGUCACCCGGGAUGCUGACGAGCACGGAGAGGAAGCCGUCGAUUACCAUGGGAAUGUGGACAGGAGCGAGGAGGACGACCUGUCUGACUCACAGGAGGGCGAUGAGGAAAGCCACUACUCAGAGGACGAGCCAUCUCGUGAGAGCUCACAGAGCCUGGACGUCGAUGCCGGAAUCACGACACCGCGCGCCGGCUCGCCCGCUCAGCGCCUGCUGCUCAACGAUCCCAUUCCCGAUCUCGCCCCAGUCGCCAUCGCCACGGCCGUGCUCGCCGCGGGGAUGACGCACUCCAUGACCGAAGCCAAGGCCGAAGACGCCGUGGAAAGGACAGACCCGGUCGGCCCCCCGCCGCAGCAGGCUCCUACCCGCGUCGAGCGACCUCACACCCCGGAGAGGCAGAUGGCGAUGCCGGACUAUGACGGGUCUGGCUGGGGAGACCCGGAGAAUGAGUUCGACGACGAACCCGGAACGCCCGACUCGGUCAUCCGCCACCCCAUGCGCGACGACGAUGAGCCUCGAGAGUCGCCAGCCAUCCCCGAGCGAAUCGCAACCAUCAGGUCCGCCUCUGGUUCGAAGCUCAAGACACGAGUCUCCAACACGCCGUCCGACUUGGCCGCGAUGAGAGAGGCCCGCAGGCAGUUCAGCCUGGAGGUCCCGGAAGUUCCCCCGAUCCCCGAGAGGCAUCGUAAUCGCAUCUCACGCGACAUGACUCCGGCGGCUGAAGAGGAGGCCCAGGGCGAGCAGCUCGAACGCAACUCCAGCUUCAAGAACCGCAGCUUGACGCUUGACCUCGACAUGGGUCUCAGCCUUGACCAGGACUUCGAGAGGGUCAUUGAGGCGCAAAAGCGAGGCUACCUCAUGAGACAAAACACCAAGGUUGUGACGGCCAGCGACAAGGACGCAGACAUGUCUUGGAAGACCAGAUCGGCCAACAACUCCCCCGUCAAGCAAGACCGGCCACAGUCAUGGGUCAUCGAGCCUUGGGAUGGAGAAGCCCGCCAACGAGUAUCGCGCAAGCGCCCAGGGACCGCUGGCGCCAUCCCGCCUCUGCCCGGUCAGGACAGCAAUGCCGCGGCUGUCAACUACCUUGCCGAGGAGGACACUCAUUCCGAAGCCGCCACGAUCGACACGGUCGAGAGAGGACGCUUGUUUGUCAAGGUGCUGGGCGUCAAGGACCUCGACUUGCCCCUUCCCAAGAAUGAACGGACCUGGUUCAGUCUCACCCUGGACAAUGGGGUCCACUGCGUCACGACGGCCUGGCUCGAGAUUGCGCGCAACGCACCCAUUGGCCAAGAGUUUGAGCUCGUCGUGCCCAACGACCUCGAGUUCCAGCUCACGUUGAACGUCAAGCUGGAGAAGCCGGCGCACAGCAGCAUUCCGGUCGAGGUGACGAAGAUGGCCAAGCCCAAGACAUCGACGUUUAGCAGGGUCUUUGCGUCGCCGAGGAAGCGCAGGGAGAUCGAGAUGCGGCAAAAGGCCGAGGAGGAGCGCUUCGCCCAGCAGCAGAGAGAGGCUCUGGCGCGGCGAAACACGUCUCCUACGGGCUACCAGCUCCUUUCGCCGCUUGCCGCCGAGGACGGCAGCUUCGCCCGAGCUUACGUUUGCCUUAAGGAGCACGAGAGUCGGUGCUUUGGGCGACCGUACACGGCGGAGGUGCUGCUGUUCAACGAGUGGGCAACCGAAGAGGAGAGCUUUGCCUCGAGCGUCAAGAGCAAGCGCGGCAACACGGCAGUGGUCCGCCGGGCCCCCUACCAGAUUGGCAAGCUGGAGCUCCAGCUCCUGUUUGUCCCUCGACCCAAGAACUCCAAGGACGAGGACAUGCCCAAGAGCAUGAACUCGUGCAUCAGAGAGCUCAAGGCGGCGGAGGAGCGGCUGGCCCGCAACUGGGAAGGCCACCUGAGCCAGCAAGGCGGCGACUGCCCGUACUGGCGACGGCGAUACUUUAAACUGGUGGGCACCAAGUUGACGGCGUACCACGAGGCGACGCGGCAGCCCCGAGCAACCAUCAACCUGACCAAUGCCAAGCGGCUGAUUGAUGACCGCCCAUUUGCCGAGGAAGAAGAGGGCUACAUGUUUGUGGAAGAGGGCUUCCGAAUCCGAUUCAACAAUGGGGAAGUGAUUGACUUUUACGCCGACACGGCCGCGGACAAGGAAGCGUGGAUGAGGAUUCUCUCGGACGUGAUUGGGCGUGGCGACAGCGGCGCGGACGAGGAGAGCCACGGGGUGCGGACCCGGGCCAAGUGGUGCGAGCUCGUCUUUAAGCGGGAAGAGCAGCUGCGGCGCCGGUCCGAGGGCCGUCGAAGCCACACGCGGACCAAGAGCUCGUACAGCUGA